AACCAGCGGCUCUAGGACCCAGGUGCGGCAGCCGCCAGACACCGGUUGAUGAGAUGGUCCAGUCGGCAUUACACAUCUAAUUACCCGACAAAGAGCGGCUGUUCGCUCCGGUCCGAGUAGUCGGGAGGUGAACUUACCAGACGGCGGAGGUGGACUACAAUACCGAGAGCAUUUGUUUUCGCCCCCACUGUCUUUGUCCGUCACCCAGCACCGUGGCAAGAAGACCCGUCGCUUGUCUCACCGGCGACAACCAUGAGCCAGAGGUUCACCGUCUCCAAGAGCGGCGGCGACCGGCGCCCCUCGGACAUCCAGGGGGAGGUGAACCAGCUGUUUGAGGGAGACGAGCCUCCGACCAGCAGCAGUGGCGGCGGCGGCGGCGCGGAGGGGGAGGAUGCUGCCGGUGCCGAGGUGGUGAUAGUCCUGAAAGGUGACAGUAACCCCAAGGAGAGCAGCCCCUUCAUCAACAGCAGCGAUGCCGCUGCAGAGAAGAGCCAGCAGUAUGACGGCAAGAACAUGGCCUUGUUUGAGGAGGAGAUGGACACCAGCCCCAUGGUGUCGUCUCUUCUCAGCAGCCUGGCCAACUACUCCAACCUGCCCCAAGGUAGCAAGGAGCACGAGGAGGCCGAGAACAACGAGGCUGAGUCAUCGCGCAAGAAACCCGUCAAGGCCCCCCAGCUCGGCACUCUGAUGGGCGUCUACCUGCCGUGCAUCCAGAACAUCUUCGGAGUAAUCCUCUUCCUCAGGAUGACCUGGUUGGUGGGAAUCGGAGGCGUCAUUGGGACUUUCAUCAUCGUCUUCAUGUGCUGUUCCACAACCAUGCUGACUGCCAUCUCGAUGAGUGCCAUCGCUACCAAUGGAGUAGUGCCAGCUGGAGGCUCCUACUACAUGAUAUCCCGUUCGCUGGGCCCAGAGUUUGGAGGAGCAGUGGGAAUCUGUUUCUAUCUGGGGACCACCUUCGCUGGAGCCAUGUACAUCCUGGGGGCCAUUGAGCUCCUGCUGAUCUACAUAGCGCCCAAAGCGGCCAUCUUUCCCCUGGAGGGCCUGGAGGGUGCCGAGGCAGAAGCCGCCCUGCUGAACAACAUGCGCGUGUACGGGACCAUCCUGUUAACGUCCAUGGCCACGGUGGUGUUUGUCGGCGUGAAGUACGUCAACAAGCUGGCCCUGGUGUUUCUGGCCUGCGUCAUUCUCUCCAUCCUGGCUGUCUACGCCGGGGUCAUCAAGACUGGCAUCGACCCUCCAGAUUUCCCUGUGUGUGUUUUGGGCAACCGCACUUUGGUGUGGAAGACCUUUGAUGUGUGUGCCAAAACCAUUGAGACAGCUAACGGGACAGUCACCACCCAGCUGUGGAGCAUGUUCUGUGACUCACCUCUCCUCAACGCUACCUGCGACAAGUACUUUGUCGCCAACAACAUCACUCAGAUCCAGGGCAUCCCGGGCAUCACCAGUGGAAUCCUCGCAGACAAUCUCUUUGGGAACUACUACGAAAAGGGCGAUCUUAUUGCCAGAAAGUACAUGGAGUCGGCUGAAGAGCAGGACGACACUCUGACCAACUCAAACCGUUAUGUGUUGGCUGACAUCACCAGCUUCUUCACAUUGCUUGUCGGCAUCUACUUCCCCUCUGUGACAGGGAUCAUGGCUGGCUCCAACCGCUCCGGAGACCUGCGUGAUGCCCAGAAGUCAAUCCCCGUUGGAACCAUUGCAGCCAUCACCACCACCUCCUUAGUCUACAUGUCCAGUGUGUUUCUGUUUGGUGCCUGCAUCGACGGUGUGGUCCUCAGGGACAAGUUCGGAGAGGGAGUCCACGGGAAUUUGGUGAUUGGCACGUUGGCUUGGCCUUCACCAUGGGUGAUCGUGAUUGGCUCCUUCUUCUCCACCUGCGGGGCAGGGCUCCAGAGUUUGACAGGAGCUCCUCGUCUCAUGCAGGCCAUCGCCAAAGACGGCAUCGUGCCCGCCCUCCGGAUUUUUGGCCACGGAAAGGCCAACGGAGAACCCACAUGGUCCCUCCUGCUGACUGCUUGUAUCUGCGAGAGCGGCAUCCUCAUCGCUUCCCUAGAUGCGGUGGCUCCCAUCCUCUCCAUGUUUUUCCUGAUGUGCUACAUGUUUGUGAACUUGGCCUGUGCUCUGCAGACACUGCUGAGAACUCCAAACUGGAGACCUCGCUUCAAGUUCUACCAUUGGGCUCUGUCCUUCCUGGGGAUGAGCUUGUGUCUCACUCUCAUGUUCCUCUGCUCCUGGUACUACGCCAUCGUGGCCAUGGUGAUUGCCGGCUCUAUCUACAAGUAUAUCGAGUUCGCAGGUGCGGAGAAAGAGUGGGGUGACGGUAUACGAGGUCUGUCUCUGAGCGCUGCGCGUUACGCCCUCAUGAGGCUGGAAGAAGGUCCGCCGCACACCAAGAACUGGAGGCCCCAGUUGCUGACGCUGGUGAGUACAGAUGCAGAGCAAAACGUGGAGCAGCCCCGUCUGCUCUCUCUGACCAACCAGCUGAAGGCGGGCAAAGGUCUGACCAUCGUUGGAACAGCUCUAGAGGGCACCUACCUGGAGAACCACGACAAGAGCCAGCGUGCAGAGCAGGCGCUGCGUAAACUGAUGGAGACUGAGAAAGUGAAGGGCUUCAGUCAAGUGACCGUGUCCUCGAACCUACGCGAUGCCACCUCCCACCUCCUCCAGGCCAGUGGGCUGGGAGGCCUGAAACAUAACGCUGUGCUGGUAUCCUGGCCACGCAACUGGAGGCAGGGAGACGAGCACCAGACCUGGAGGAACUUUGUUGAGUUGGUCAGAGAAACCACUGCGGCUCACCUGGCUCUGCUCGUCCCGAAGAACAUCUCGGCCUUCCCGUCUAAUGGAGAGCGCUUCACUGAGGGUCAUAUUGACGUUUGGUGGAUCGUUCAUGAUGGAGGCAUGCUGAUGCUGCUGCCCUUCCUUCUCCGCCAGCACAAGGUUUGGAGGAAGUGCAAGAUGCGCAUCUUCACCGUGGCCCAGUUGGACGACAACAGCAUCCAGAUGAAGAAAGACCUGACCACAUUCCUCUAUCAUCUCCGUAUUGACGCCAUGGUGGAAGUUGUAGAAAUGCAUGACAGCGAUAUCUCAGCCUACACUUACGAGAAGACCCUGGUGAUGGAACAACGAUCACAGAUGCUUAAACAGAUCAACCUGACCAAGACCGAGCGUGAGAGAGAGAUCCAGAGUAUCACUGAUUCAUCCCGCGGGUCAAUCCGCCGUAAGAACCCAGCCGCUGUGACCACCCAGCUGAGUGUGACCGAGGACCCGCCAGCAGCCAGCAAGGAGGAGAAGCCCGAGGAAGAGUCAAAGUCGGCCUCUUCCCCUGUGUCCCCCCCUGCUCAGGUUCAGCUCAUCCACGACAACACCAACCCAGCCAGCCCCGCCACCCCGGCCACCCCGCUGACACCCACAGAGGGUGCCAAGAGCCCCGGGGAGCAGGUCCAGAUGACCUGGACUGAGAAGUGUGACGGCGAGCCAGCCAAGCCGCCUGGCGCAGCCACGCCAGAGGGCAUCAAAGACAUCUUCAACAUGAAGCCCGAGUGGGAGAACCUGAACCAAUCCAAUGUGCGACGUAUGCACACAGCGCUCCGGCUGAAUGAAGUUAUCAUCAAAAAGUCCUCAGAGGCCAAGCUAGUCCUCCUCAACAUGCCCGGGCCACCCAAGAACCGGACAGGUGAUGAGAACUACAUGGAGUUCCUUGAGGUCCUCACUGACGGUCUCAACCGGGUCCUCCUGGUUCGCGGAGGCGGCCGCGAGGUCAUCACUAUCUACUCCUGAAAAAGCAGCCCCCUUCCCCACUACAACCCCCUCCCACCCCUCCCUCAGCCCUGUUCCUGUGUUACCUUUACUCCCACACUCUCAUCAACGCUGCUUCAUCAUUAUGUCGCUAUUACCGUUUAUUUCUGUCCUCUCACACCCGACCAAUAGCCCAGCUCAGCUUCAGCACCUCUCCCUGAGCUCCAUCCCCAGCAGACCGAUGAGCAGUAUCACAUGCUCAGCCACUACACCCUUCAUUCUAGUCCAGUAAGCUACUAUAACUGUUGUCGGCUCUAGACUCAUUUAGAUGCUUUCUAGAUUUGUUCUUACAGAGACUUUUUAUCUUUGCUAGUCUGUAAUCUACUGUAGUAACUCGCCUUGAGUCGGAGUCACUCGGUAAGGAAGAGGUGGCGGUGUUGGGCGCGGGUUGUUAGCUGAGGUGUGAGCGCACAUGCAUGUAUGUGUCUGUCUUUAUUUAAAUCUCUGCAGAGUCUUAUUGUUUUUUUUGUUUUUCAAAUACAAGUGUGGCAUAGCAGCGGCUUCUGCUUGGAAAGAACGAGAGCCAGCUGAAAUGAGCUCAGUGUAGGAUUUGUCUGUUUAGUUCCCUUGUGGUGAUCGGACACCUCCCACAGCGUUCCAGCCUGUUGUCUUCGAUGUGAUUUAUCUUUUCAAGGCAAAAAGACACUGCUACCCACGGUCAGGACCACCAGCUGGAAGGAGAAGUCAUUAAGUAUGAACUGUGAAAUUCACAUUGGUAUUCGAAGAAGACUGAAAAGGCACGUGGAUCAACCCUGCAGUAUUAUCUUUAACCUGUUCACUCCUUAGCAUGGCGUCCUUAUAACUGUGUGUGUUUUUACUGUUCUGUUCCCGUCAUCACCCGUCCUCCUUUCAACUCAUUUCUUAGUGGCUGUUCAUCCCCGUGGCCACUGUUAGUGCCAAAAAAAAUACAACAAGGCUAGCUUAGUGUGUAGAGAUUGACACGUAAUUAAAACUGUGAAUAGUGCGUUUCCUACCAGAAGGCUGGUGUAACAGCGGAGUGGGGAGACAGUACAAACACCCCGAGGAGAUUAUCAUUGCCAGCACCCCUCGACCCUCGUGUGGAUCACUGUAAAUAAUGUAAAAGCUCUGACGCGUUGUUCAGUAUGAGUGUAGUAUUUUUGUGACAUACUAAAAAGCUUCUAGUGGAGAGAAAACGUUCCUUCGCUGAGAGGGACAGCUCAAAAACGCUGUUUUAAAAAAUUUAUUUAUCUAUUUAUUUAUUUAUUGGAUGGCAUAGGCUCCUGUCACUUUGGUAACUGUCAUUGUAACCUCGACAAGCACUGCACCUGCACUGUCCGCCACUGUGCAACAAGUGAAAUUUUGAUGAAUGCAUCAAAUUCAUUAAAUAAAAAAAAAAACUUACUAAAUGUUAUUUUUUCAUCUAGAGAACAAAUAUGUAUUUAUGUUUAUAGACAAAAGUUACACAUAUUGAUGAUAUAGUUGUAUGUCAUUUUGAUUGUCACUCAAAGAUAUAUUGUUGUUUUUUUGCCUGAUUUAGAUACAUUAAAUGUGCCAUAUCAAAGUAUUUUUCAAAGAGAAAUAGUGAACAAAAAUUCUAUCGAUUGAAUUAGAGAGAACAAAGUGUAAAGUAAAAAAGAUAAAUUAAGGAAAACUGAGGUGUCUACAUGAAACUAGCACGGUGAUGACACUGUAGAUGGAAAGUCGCCCUAUAGAUGAUGAAAUAAAAGAUGUUCAGACGCUCAGAUUUAAAGUAACAGCUCUUAUAUCAGACCGUGGUGAGAUUUGAACAUCUAUGGAUUGAUUGUUUAUAGGGUCAAGUCUAAAUAAAUAGAGAGGACAAUGGCUUCUGUAGCUAGGAAACUCCUGUUGUCCACGUGACUGAACUCUAUGCAGUAGACUCUCCAGUGAGAUUUUAUAUCCUCUAGAUUGGUUAAGAUUUGAGCCACACACGUACCUGACUGAAUGACUUGUGAGCAAAUCAUAUUUAGGUUCAAAAAGUGCAUCUUGGAAGGAAUGUGCAAUAGUUGAAAAUCUGGACUCAUGUGAUCAUGUUAUUUAUUUUUUUACACAUAUAUUUUGUAUAUGUAGAUUUCGUAAGUCUUUAACAAACAAAAAAAAUCCAGAAUCAUCUCACUUUGACCAAGGACAGCUGUCACUUUACUUUAUUUCUGUUUCUUUUCUUGAAGAAACUGUUUUUGGUCAUUUGCACUUGUAGUAGAAAUAUGAAUAUAAAUAAAUACGUAUAUAUAUACAGUAUAUACAAUAUAGGGAAGCAAAACAAAUUAGUUUCUAGAUCUAUUUACAAACAGUAUUAAAUGUUUUUAGUGUUGCUUGAAUGUCGGACCAUAUGUUGUGAAUGCUGCUAGUAUCAAUAGAUUUAUUUGUACUGUAAAUAGAGAUGACUAAAGAUCAAGUGAAAAAGGGUAUAGACAUACAUAUCAGUGGCGGUGGUAGUUUAACAAGACGAGGCUGUACCUGUAAACAUUUGGCCUGAGAUCUCUGGACAGGGUUAGCUUUCUGUUUUGUUUGAAAAUUAUACUGAAUACCUUGAUGCAAUAUUAUAACCGAGGGCAAAUCCUCCACCCUUUUAUUCUUUUAAAAGAAUGAAUCCCAUGAAUAAACUAAUUUUAAUGUAACAGAUUAUUUACUUAGAGAAACAUACAGGAAUCACUAAAAUAUGUUUAAAUAUGAAUAUUUAUCUGCUAAACGUUACUGUUUGCAAAUUUUUAACACACCUACCUUUGACACCUGUGAUACUUAAGAAGCAGCCACUCCUAGUUUUCAAAGAUUUUAGGGUGCCAGGUCAUGACGAUUUUCUUUAAUAUGCUUGUCACACUUUGACACUCUGACAAAAGGGGUUGUUUAUCGCUCACAUCAGUUUUUGAAGAAUACGGCUAUUUUGGGAUUGUCUCCACAACAUUGCCUGCAUCAACUGAGCCUUUUAAAUUUAUUCAAAAGAAAAGAUAUCUGAUGUUUAUUGGAGAAGUUUAUUGGAAAUGAAUUUAUUUAUUGAAUUAUAAAUGUUUUAUAAUUGCUGUUUGCAUGGUACUAUGUGGCAAUAUUUGUUUUAGUGGUUUAUAUAGUGAUGACUUACAUGUUCAAGGUGCAGAGAGGGGUAAAAGGUUGUCAAACGUUCUCAUUUAGUUACAGAUUUUUGAGAACUCUGGAGCCGCUCCGUCGGCGACAUGGCUAGACCUUGAAAACAAGUCUUUUGCAAAAAAUAAGAAAAAGUAUGAGUUCACUAUAUUGUUACUUGUUAUAUUUCAAUCUUGCUCAAAUAGUCUUAUGUAACGUAAUAGGAGAUUUUGAGUUUGCGAACGGAUGGGCCUUAGAAACGGUCAUUUCACCUUUGUAAAUAUAUAUCACUUAAGUCAGAGACACUGUAACCUACUAGUGUUGUCUUUUGUUGUACACUGUUCUAUCACUGUGGACAAAGUCUUAGAGUUUUGUAAAGAUUUAUGUGCAAUAUUGUUCUCACAUUGGAAUUUUUUUCAUUUUGUCACAAGUUAUUUAUUUUCUAUCAACAUCUGGAGGUGUCACUUAUUUCAUCAGAAUGUUUGUCACCUGGUCUUAUAGACAAUAAAGAUCUACAGUGUUCAUCCCAAUGUGGCUGAGACAGCAAAGCACUUUAACACUGAGGGGGUUCUCUGUGACAGGAUCAGUCUGCAGGAGUGGGAAGGAGUCGAACAAGAGCCAGCCCACUCUGAACAGACUCUAUCACACAGGGACCUCUGGUGGCACCCGAGUGUAUUACAACCAGCCGUGGAGGUCUGACAGCUCAGACUUUAAAACAUGAUUAAUUCCCAUCAUUUUGAAGCAGUUUUAAACUGCAAUAAUCCAGAGACCUACCUGCUGAUUUUGUUUACAUCUAAUCGUUUCAGCAUUUUCUUGGACAUUUUAGCAUGCAUCACAUUCUUUCCUUUCUCUUGCCAAACUUCUUUAAAAAAAAAAAAGAAUAGUAACUGUUAAAUUUAUAGUGCUUGUCACUCAAUCUGUGAGGUGAGCCUUCCCAGAAUUCCUCCUCCACUCCCCCCCAAAAAACCCCUUUCCUCACCCCAUCUGCCCCAACUCCCUGGCCUCCCCCAUCCCAGCCACUAAAUCCACCCCAGCUCUGUAUUUUAAAUGUGAUUGCAGUAUAAUUCUGAAAAAUGAUCAAAGAAUAUAAAACUCGCGCUUCCAAUUCUGGUACUGGCUCUGCUUGGACGACAGAAGAUAGUCGACUUAGAAACCAGCACGUCCCCUCUCCCCACAACUGAUCCAUGAUUUAGAUCAGAUCCUUCGCCUGCACAACUGUAGCAUGAGACAAACUUGCCGGUGAUCAUUACUCAGUCUCCAUCCUUAAAUGGAUAUUAAGGGCUCUGAAACACAUCCGGGUUGAGGAGGCUGUCCUGUUAAGAUACCAACAGAAAAAAAAAGAAAAAACAAGUCCCAGAUAAUGACAGAGAGGGCACAGUCUGAAAUAAGAUCGAACCCUUCAGUAUAUUUUCACAGAAGCAUCAGACAGAUGAUGUUGGAGCUUAUCACACAGUCGAUCUCUCUGGGAGUUAAAGAGAAGAACUUAAGUCACUAUCCACGCAAUGCAAGCGGAGCCAAGUCCCAGUCAUGUUGUGUAUCUCAGUGCAUGCAUGCAAUUACCCUGAACAAGGUGUAUUGAAAAUAUAUUGGGUGUUUGUGGUAUAAAAGUAUUUUCUUUAUAUCGGUUAGGAACUUUUCUUUCUAGUAGUAUGAUUUUCUCUUUCCUUAGGACUGGCCAAUCAUUGUAUCCAAGAUGAAUAUUAUUAUUAUUAUAGUACAAGAUUCUAUUUUUUAUGGUAGAUUUGUUGACAAGUUACUCUCAUUGUGUCAAAUAUUAUCUGCAGAUAAACUGACUACCAAAGUAUAUUUCAGUUAACUACAUAAAUUAUGGUGUGCAAUUGUGUGCUCCAGUGAAUUAGACACAGACAACAAAAAAAUCCUAACCAUUAUAGAUCAUAGAUCAAAAAAGAAAAGCGUAAAUCUAUGAAAGUGCCAAAAUAGUAGGAGAUGCCUGAAAAUCGACAUUUCGUUGGGAAAGGCAGCCUGUUUAGAAAUAUUGAUUUGCCCACUUUUCAGUAAAUAACUGUGAUAUAAUCAGUGUAUUAAGUAUAAUAAUUACCGAUCACCCGAAUGUGUCUGUUGGGAUGCGAUCUGACAA